AUGACGCCCAAACAAGCGCUCGGCCGGUAUGGCAGCACCUGCGGCGGCGGCGGCGGAGGAGGAGGCGGCGGGGGCGGCGGCGGCGGCCCCCUGCAGAAGCUGCGCCUGCGGCGCGGCCGGCUGUGCGCCGUGCUGUCGCUCGUCUGCGUCUACCUGGCCGGCGUGCUGCUGCUCUCCUCCGUCUCCAUCGACCCCCACUACUACUCCAACAUGCCGGCGGGCGUGGGGGCGGCCGCCAGGGGGCAGGCCGGGGGCGGCGGCGUGGGCGGCGCGGGGCGGCGGGCGCGCAGCCGCCUCCACUGGUGCCGCCCCCUGCACUUCCUCAGCCCCCCGGGGCCCGUCGUGGCGCUCGUGUCGUUCCCCGGCAGCGGCAACACCUGGCUUCGUUACCUGCUGCAGCAGGCCACAGGCGUGUAUACGGGCUCGGUGUACAAGGACUUCGGGCUGCUGAAGAACGGCUUCCCGGCGGAGUCGGUGUGCAACGGGUCGGUGCUGGUGGUGAAGACGCACGAGAGCGGCCCCGAGGCGCGCGCGCCCUUCAGCCGCGCCGUGCUGCUGGUGCGCGCGCCCGCCCCCGCCAUCCUCGCAGAGUUCAACCGCCAGAGCGGCGGACACGUCGGCUUCGCCUCGCCGGACCGCUACCACCGCAACAGGGGCAAGUACUGGGAGUCGUUCGUGCGGUCGAUGGUGGCCAAGUGGCGGGCGCUGAACCUGGACUGGCUGCGCAACUUCCCGGGCGAGCUGCUGGUGGCGCGCUACGAGUCGCUGGCGGCGGCCGACGCCCCCGCGCUGCGCGCCCACCUGCUGCGCCUGCUGCGCUUCCUGCGCGCCGACGCCGCCGUCUCGGCGCAGCAGCUCGCCUGCACCGUGGUGCGCCGCGAGGGCAUCUACCGGCGCCGCCGGCGCGCCGCCGCCGACGCCUUCGACCCCUUCUCCGAGGACAUGAAGCGCGACCUGCGCGCCGCCGAGGACGAGGUCUUCGCCGCCAUCCGCGACUUCCAGCUGCGCCAGCAGCGCCUCCUGGGCGCAGGCGUCGACCCCGGGCCCGGGCCCACGGCGCAGCCGCCGGGCAGCUGA